AAAAUAUUUCAUCAAUCGCCGCAGUUCAUUCCGCGACGUUCUACCGGGAAGAGAUGAUUGUUUAUUCGGUCGCGUUACUCGCGGUGGCCAUUGUGCUGGUGCUUCGGUAUUUCUACUCAUAUUGGGAGCGACAUGGAGUGCCAAAUAUUAAGCCACACAUUCCGUUUGGCAAUUUACAAACGGUCGUUCGAAAGCAAGAGUCAUUCGGAAUAGCUAUUUGUGAGCUUUGUCGAAAAACGACCGGUCGACUAGUUGGAAUUUAUUUGUUUUUCAAACCAGCCAUUCUGAUUAGAGAUGCUCACCUGGCCCAUCGUAUCAUGACGACGGACUUCAACAGCUUCCACGAUCGUGGAGUUUAUUGCAAUGAAAAGGGGGAUCCAUUUUCCGCUCAUUUGUUCGCUCUUCCAGGAAAACGAUGGAGAAAUUUACGCAAUAAGUUUACUCCAAUCUUUACCUCGGGACAGCUAAGACAAAUGAUGCCAACCAUUCUUCACGUAGGGAAUAAGCUUCAAAAAUCCCUGGAAAAGAAUGCAGAUGCUGGAGAAGUCAUCGAAAUGCGGAAUGUUGUUUCUCGAUAUGUGAUGGAGAUUGUGGCGUCCGUGUUUUUCGGAUUCGAAGCUAAUUGUAUCGCGAACCCAGAAGAUUCCUUCAGCACUGCGCUGAAAGAAGCCCAACGUCCUAGUUUGUCCACCAAUUUCCGCACCGCUGCCACUUUUGUGUGCCCUGAGCUGCUCAAAAUCGUUCGAACUACCGCGCUGCCGUCGAGUAUUAUUCAAUUCGUAACCGAAAUUAUUACCAAGCAAAUAGAACACCGUGAACAGACCAAAACGACCCGAAAAGAUUUCAUUCAGCAGCUUAUCAAUUUGCGCCAGAGUGAUAACGAAAAUCAAGAAUUAUCACUCAGUAUAGGUCAAUGUGCUGCAAAUGUGUUUUUGUUCUACGCUGCUGGUUCAGAAACGUCAUCAGCGACCAUAACCUUCACCUUGCAUGAACUGACCCACAAUCUAGCAGUUAUGCAACGUUUGGUACAAGAAAUCGACCAAGUCAUGGAGAAGCACAACAACGAAAUCAGCUACGAUAUGAUCAAAGAGAUGAAAUUCCUCGAUAAAUGUGUGAAAGAAACACUGCGAAAAUACCCGGGACUACCAAUUCUGAACCGAGAAUGCACCGAAGAUUAUCAGGUUCCGGAUUCGGAUAUCGUCAUUCGUAAGGGAACUCAAGUGAUAAUUCCUCUGGAAGCCUAUGGGUUGGAUGAGCAGUAUUUCAGCGAACCUCACCGGUACAAUCCGGAUCGAUUCGAUGAAGCCACCAAAGAGUACGACGAGAAGGCUUACUAUCCUUUUGGGGAAGGACCACGGAAUUGUAUAGGAAUUCGCAUGGGAGUUAACGUGAGCAAAGUUGGGCUUAUCUUGCUGCUGUCGGAAUUCAACUUUGAAGCAACAAUCGGUCCGAAAAUCAACUACAGUGCCAGUUCCGUAACGUUGGUUCCGAAGGAUGGCAUUCCGAUGAAAAUCACCAGGAGGAAGUAA